UCUUAUCAUAGAUAAUAUGACAUACUUCGCGACGAACCUAUGCGUGGAACACACGUUUUGACACGGAUUUACUUUGUGGUGUGAAAAUGAGCGGGAUUUGAACUGAAACCAAUACACAAAAUCAAUUACUAAUAAUUUUGAUUUUGAAACUAAUUUUGAGAACAAAGAAACAUAUAAAAAUCUGCCAAGAUGUUGAUGGCAUCGCUGAGGACGUUGACUCCGCGGAUGAAGUUCAACUUCACGAAGCCGAAGAUCGACAACAUGGUGUUCAAGCUGCAUUACAAGUUGACAGUGACGAUGUUGCUCAGUUUCGUGAUCCUGGUGUGCGCGCGGGAGUACUUCGGACAGCAUAUUCAGUGUUUGUCGGACCAGGGUGUUCCACCACACGUCAUUCAGACUUACUGCUUCUUUAUGGCGACGUUCACCAUCGUUCGGCAUUACAACGAGAGUCUCCUGGAAGGCGGGUUCCUGCCACAUCCAGGAGUGGGCCCGUUGCUGUCCACAGAUGAGACCAUCCAUCACACGUACUACCAAUGGGUGCCGUUUGUUCUGUUCAUACAAUCGCUUUGCUUCUACAUGCCGCAUUAUGUCUGGAAGUCAAAAGAAGGUGGACGAAUCAAAUCUUUGGUUGACGGUCUCCAAUAUGCCGGCUUAGCUCUGCAAGAAACGGACAUGCAGGCUGGUGAAAUAAAUGUGAUGUCCAGGUCCUCCCUGGAAAACAAGAUAGAUUUGAUCAAGAAAGAUAUAAUACUGAGGUUGAGGGUUACGAGGACCUGGUCAACGUGGCUGAUAUCUAUGGAGGUGCUGAACCUCCUGCACGUCAUGCUCGAAGUGUGGAUCAUUAACAUAUUCCUGCACGGCAGCUUCAUAAACCUGGGCCCAAGUGUCAUCGCCUAUAAGAACUGGCAAGAGAUUGCCGACCCAUUGGAAACUGUUUUUCCUAAGGUGACCAAGUGCAUCUUCCACAAGUACGGUCCCAGCGGCUCCAUCCAGCAGCACGACGCCCUCUGCGUGAUGGCGCUGAACAUCAUCCACGAGAAGAUCUACGUCAUACUGUGGUUCUGGUUGCUCUUCCUAUUCAUCGUCUCCGCAUUGGCUGUCUUGUGGCGGUUACUGUCCUUCUUCAUGUUCCGGCGUUCGCUGAAGUUCAACGAGAUGAUGUUCCGGCACGCGUCGAACAGCAAGUUUAACCCGUACAAUGUGAUCAAUGUGGUUAACGGCUGCGAGUACGGCGACUGGCUGUUCCUGUACUACCUCGCCAAGAAUAUGAAGUCUGUCGUAUUCCAGGAUCUCUUCCAAAAAAUUUCUGAAGAGUUAGAAAACCGAGACAUGCCGACGAAUGACGACAAUGAUGAUAUGGAGAAGGGUGCUGAGCCGAUACUACUUGGAAGAGUCGAUUAUGAUGAUGAAACGUUGCCUCUCAAAGAUAAAACCUCGUAAAACGAUGAUGUGAUACGUCCAAACUCUAUUAACUAUGGUGCGGCUAUAUGGUUGCAUAAUAUGAAAGAAUAGGAUACGAAAAUAUACGCAUGCGAAAAGACCAGCUUUUAAAAAGAGAAUAGUUUUAUGAGCUCAAGUGGGAAAUAAAACAUUGCCCACAAAUAUAGAAAGCUUAAGUUAAUGAAUUCGUUACAACAGUUUAAAAGACUUUGUAAAUGACACAAAAUCUGGGGAAUGGAGCGAUCGAUUCCAUUCUGUAUAUUUGCGUAUUGAAUAAAUUUAGUAUUAAUACAAUUUUACUUUAAAAAAAACGAUAACUGGAUUGGUAUUAUUUAUUUCUAUACGAUAUUUAUGGAUAUAAAUUAAAAUAAUAGGGUAGGGAAAAUGUAUGUUACAAAGUUUAUUUACAAUGUAUUAAAGUGUAAUAGAUUC